AUGGACUCAGUAUUUGGAAUAUGAGGAGAUGAUUGGGCAAUUGUUGCCUCUGACUCUGUGGUUGCAUACUCUAUAAUGAAGCUCAAGAGCAACGAAGACAAGAUUUAUCACUUGGAUGACACUAAAGUGAUGGCCAUUGCAGGAGAUACAUGUGAUAGAGAAAGAUUUGCAAGCUAUAUUCAAAGAAGCUUGGACUGGUAUAAAUACAAAAAUGGGUAUGAACUAGACCUUGAAUCAACAGCUGAGUUCACAAGGACUGAACUCGCUACAGCUAUCAGGAAAGGCCCAUAUAAUGUAAACCUUCUCAUCGCAGGAUAUGAUGAGAAGGCUGAAAAAGCUAGCUUAUACUGGCUAGACUACUUCGGCACCUUACAAGAAGUCAAAAAGGGAGCUCAUGGGUAUGCAAAUUACUUCACUUCCUCAGUUCUGGACAAUCAUUAUAAGAAGGACAUGACUCUUGAUGAAGGAAUUGAAUGCAUCAAGGACUGUAUUAAGGAACUCCAGACCAGAUUCUUGAUGAGUCAACCUGGAUUUGUCAUUAAGAUCAUCACUAAGGACGGAAUUAAGGUAGAGACUGUCGGCUAAAUGAACGUAAAUUUUGGAGAAGGAAUUCAAUUUUGAUAAUUU